ACCGCCCGGAGACGGCAGCCCGUAACUUUCACGCGCGCGAGAGACCGGAGGUCUUGUUUUCGCAGAGGCCGCUCCAAGGUGACCCGCCGAAUCUCUGGUUCUCUCUCUUCGGUACCGAGGUACCUGAGUAGAGCAGAAUGAACACCUUCCGCUGUGCUGUUGCCUUCGGGCGUAUGCUCCGGAUUCGAUAAUUCGAAAUUGGCUGCGUGGCAUGCACGAGUGUCGUUGGCCGUCAGUUGAGGCACCUCUAACGCAGAGCAAUAGUUGGACGAACGCUCUGGCUGGAUCCGAACGGAAUUCACCGCGAGCGGAUCAGUGGUGGCUCCGCCUGCUUCGAUGACGGUCAGGUGGUGAUCAUCAAUGCUGCAGGAAGAAUUUUGGGAUGAAAUGAUGUCCCGUUAGCGAGUCACAAACCUGAGGAUGUAAUUGGGUUUUCAGGACAUCGGGAUCAAUCGAAAACUAUACUCAUUCUAGGUGAUGAGCAGCGAGUCAAAUCUGAGGCAGAAGCGGACUCUCUUCCC